AGCUUCUUCCUCCGUCUCUGUUUCUGCGUCUCUCCCUCUCUUUCACCUUCAACACUUCCUUUCCCAUCCAACGGUAGAAAAUCUAAUACUCCCCACUGUUUAAUUACAGUCAGCACAGAUGAAAUUCGAAGACUGAGAGUUGUUCGCUUGCUCCUUGUAUGAACAAAACUACAUGCUUCAAUUUCUAACCACGCAAAUUUGAGCAUUUGACAUCAUUUGAUCUAAGGCCUUUAAAAAUGGAGGAUGUGGUAGAGAAAUUUGAUGACACUCUCCAAUUUGCACCAAAUGGAUCACUACUUCAGUGGAGCCAAUGGCAAUUGCUUGAUUCCGUUCUUCCUACAGGUGGUUUUGCUCAUUCUUUUGGCCUUGAGGCUGCUAUUCAAGCUCGGUUAGUCUCUGGGCCUGAAGACCUUCGAAAAUUUGUGACCCAUAUACUGGAGAAUACAGGAAGUCUAUUGCUUCCUUUCAUCUAUACUUUGAAUGCAUCUCCUACUGUCGAAACAUGGUAUAAACUUGACAAAAUAUUGGAUGCAACACUAACAAAUGAAGUUGGUAGGAAAGCAUCUAUCUCACAAGGAUCAGCACUUCUGAGGGUAGCUGCCACCGUGUUCCAGGAAGUUCCGACUUUAAAAACAAUGCGAGAAAUGUCUUUGACUAGCGGAGCUGUCCGUUUCCACCAUGCCCCCAUUUUUGGACUUGUAUGUGGGCUUCUUGGAUUAAAUGCUGAAACUUCUCAGAAGGCUUACAUGUUUACUACAAUGAGAGAUGUUGUAUCCGCUGCAACAAGGCUCAAUUUGGUUGGACCGCUAGGUGCAGCUGUAUUGCAGCAUCAGCUUGCUGCCAGUGCAGAAGAACUAUCAAAGAAAUGGAUGAACCGUCCUGUACAAGAAGCAUGUCAGACUAGUCCUUUGCUUGAUACUGUCCAGGGCUGUCAUGGUUAUUUGUUCUCCAGGCUUUUUUGCUCUUGAAUGAUGGAACUGAAGAUUCAAGAUACGGGGGUUUGGGUGGAUGAGAAAGUUAUUGAUCUUAAUACUACAGUUCCAUAAACAAUUGUUGAGAACAUUUCAAGCUUGUGCUUUCGCUUGGGUGUAAUCAGAGGCACCAACCACAGUGACAGCUUCUCUUAGAACUGCCGAAGGAUAUAUGGUUUUCACACUUCCAAAUUGUGAUUUUUCUUCUUCGAAUGAUGGAUAUGUCUCUUGACUUGAGCUACAGGGGUUACACCACUAUGUUUGUUUCAAGAAAGCAUAAUUGAUGAACCACAAGGCUUAUAACAAUAUGUUUGUUUACAGGAGGCCACAUUCAAUUCAAGAAAGUUUGAGUGAUGCUUGCAGAUAUGCUUUGUUAUCAGGAGGAAGUACAAGAAUGUGAGAGCUGCAAUUAGCUCGCUUGUAAGACCGACAUCUCUCUGCCAUUCAUUUCCCCCCGCAAAGAUUCUUCAACCACAAUCUAUAAUAUGCAAUUGAAUUGCAGGUCGAUAGUGAAUGGCCUUUGGACAAUUCUUAAGACGGAAAAGUUGGGGUCAUAAACUUGCAUAAAAUGGUAUAUUCUUCUAGUUUUCAGAGGUAGCUUGUUAUUCAAAGGCAUAUAUUGUUGAAUGUUGAAGACUACUAAAAUACUGAUAUCCUCUUACUGGUGCCAAAAAAUCUUUUUAUAA